ACUGACUGUGGACGAGGUCACAAGGGGCGGGAUUUAUUGCUGUUACAGGUUUUUAGAUAACAGUGCACCAACCCUAAUUCUAGCAGUACUCAUACAUCAUCUUGUCAUUAAUCUUUUACUGGGGGAGAGGAGAUACAUUAUAAGCAGAUCGUCCAAUUUCUUAGCACCGUGUUGGAUAUUACACACCAUGGUCGCCUAUGAACAGAUCCUGUACUGCACCUUCAAUGUUCUAAAGUUCUCAAAUCUUCAGAUCUAACUUCGCAGGAACAGGAAGAAGUUAACGUUUUACGCCUGCAUAAGGAGGAACUAUUGGAGGACAUUCAGAAGCUGAAGAUGGAAAUUGCGGAAGUUGUCGCAGAGCUUGAGAACUUCAACCACACAGAGGAGAGUAAAAUCGCAGAAAGGAACAAGCUGAUGGCCACAGGCAGAAAGAAAUUCAACAUGGAUCCGAAAAAGGGUAUAGAAUUCCUGAUCCAGAACAAAUUGUUGAGUCAGAAUGAAGAAGACAUUGCCAAGUUCCUGUACAAGGGGGAAGGACUGCACAAAACUGCCAUUGGUGACUACCUUGGAGGCAGGGAAACUUUGAACAUCAGGAUUCUACAAACGUUUGUGGAACUGCAUGAGUUUUCUGAUCUCAACCUUGUACAGGCACUAAGGCAGUUCCUGUGGAGUUUCCGGUUGCCAGGCGAAGCUCAGAAGAUUGACAGGAUGAUGGAAGCAUUCGCGACGCGAUAUUGCCAGUGCAACCCAAAUGUCUUCCAGUCCACCGAUACCUGUUACGUGCUAUCGUUUGCAAUCAUUAUGUUGAACACAAGCCUACACAAUCCGAAUGUUAAGGAGAAACCGGCACUGGAAAGGUUUACAGCGAUGAACCGUGGGAUCAACAAUGGUGGAGACCUUCCAGCAGAGCUUCUCAAGAACUUGUACGAGAGCAUCAGGAAUGAGCCGUUUAAAAUCCCCGAGGAUGAUGGGAACGACCUAACGCACACAUUUUUCAAUCCUGACCGGGAAGGAUGGCUUUCCAAGCUGGGUGGACGAGUAAAAACGUGGAAACGCCGGUGGUUCAUUUUGACAGACAACUGCCUGUAUUACUUUGAGUACACAACUGAUAAAGAACCCAGAGGAAUUAUUCCAUUAGAAAAUCUGUGUGUAAAACCAAGUGAAGAUUCUCGAAAAUUGAACUGUUUUGAUUUGUAUUCACCAAACAGUAAGGGUCACACCAUAAAGGCCUGUAAAACAGACACAGAUGGACGUGUCGUUGAAGGAAAUCACCACUUUUACAGAAUAUCUGCACCCUCAAAGGAAGAAAGAGAUGCGUGGAUCAAAUCAAUCAGAGCCAGUAUUACUCGGGAUCCUUUCUACGACAUGGUAGCGGCAAGGAAAAGAAAGAUAACAAGCAACAAACUGAAUUAGCAACAAGCAACAAAACUGACCUUUUGUUUCUUAUCUCUGAACUGCAGCACAGGACGGUGAAGUAGCUUUCAGUUCCAUGUACGUUACACAUACAUUUCAGCUAUUUCUUCUGUUCCAGUAGUUGGAGUAUGCAUACGUCCACUUAGGUCAGUGCCUGCACAUGAUCUUGAACUAUUUCCUGCACUCCAGGUAUUGGCAAAUAUACAUGUUCCUGCCUUACCUUGAUAUUCUGGAUUGUGAUUUGCAGAGAAUUCCAGUUUUUUUUUCCACUCCAACUUUUCAGAUCAAUUUACCAAUCCAGAUAUUUGGACUACAUAUGUUAAUGAGUCAAGUCAUCGUUGAAACUCUCAGGAUUCGACAAUAUUUACAGAUUCUGAACUGCACUAUUGCAAAGUAGAAAUUGAUAAUGCUGUCGUUUUUGGCUCCACUGAUGUCCUGUGGAUUAUUUCCUUAGCACUUUAUCCUUUGCAUUGUGUAUUUAUUAACAUAAAUGUCAGAUUUCCUAGUCUGCAAAUGAUCAACAUUGAGCUUUAGUAUUUGCUUAAAUAUAACUAAAGCACAUUUAAAAAUGUCCAAUAUCAGAACUAACAGAGAUAAUGCAAGUUCUAUAGAUGCUGGAAAUCCAGAGCAACACACACAGAAUGCAGGAGGAUCUACCUGCUGAGUUGUGUGUGUUACAGUGUAGUUGAGAUAAGUGAAGCUUCUUGAUGUGUGCUUCUGCAGUACUAAAGAACAUAGCAUUUCAACUCACUCUGCGAGGACAAAGAAAUUCAAAAUCAUACAGGUUUUUUUUGUUGAACAUUUGACUAAGUGACUAUUGGGUAUAUGGUUGGUUUAAACAACGGCAAGUACUGAUGUGUGUCAAGGAUAGAAAACUAAUAAGGUUCUCUCCUAUCAGAUUCCAUCUUCAGCCAUUUACCUAUUCCACCAGUCACAUCCCAGCUCCUUACUUCACAAACCCCUCCCCACUCACCCACCCGCCUCUUCAUCUGGCUUCACCUAUGACCUUUCAGCUUGAACUCCUCUCCUUCUUGUUCUGGCUUCUGCCCCUUCCUAUCCAGUCCUGACGAAGGGCCUCAGCCUGAAAUAUUUCCCUCCAUGGGAUUCGGAUGACUGCCUGACUUGCUGAGCCUCCAGCAUUUUGUGAGUGUUGCUCAGUGUAACAGUUUCCAGAACUUUAGGUUCAGCCACAGUGCUCUGGAUGGUCAAUAAUGAUGGUGCAUUUUAAGAUGGUUGUGGGGGUGCCAUCAGAGAUAAUUUUUUAUAGAGUGGUGGGUUUGUGAAAUUGCCAAGGGUGGUGGUAGGAACAUUGAAGAAACUCUUAAAUUGGCCCAUGGACAGAAAAAUAGAAUGCAAUAUGGGAGGGAAGGGUUAGGUUGAUCACUCGAGUUGAGUACGAUGUUCUCCCAAUAGGAUAUUCCCUUAAUGACGGACUCCUGUGUAUGUGCCUUUGUUUAACAUGUGGAGGCUGAUACAUGGACUGCUACUGAACGGUCCUUGGCAGGUCAGGGUCAGGGUUCAGGGGCACAGAGCGUAAGACGACUGGGCGUAAGACCCUUCACUGCUGCAGACUUCCACUGUCUUUGUGACAUGCCAUCAUCUUUUGUCAACCCCACCAUUGAGGUUUAGUUUAGCUUGCUCUUUGGUCUGAAUCCUCCCCCCUUGACUUUACCCCCCAUGGGUGACCCUACCAGGAGCUAACAUCCAGGCAGCAUGGCUCUCAGGAUCUCAGCAAACUCUCCACCAGCUAGGAAGUUAUCCUCAGAGAAGAUCUUAGAUCAAGACCGGCACAAUAUGGCAGCUGAAGGGACUGUUCUACUUCCUAAGUCAUGCAAUGUGGGGAUGUAGAAGAAAGAGCGUCGCAGCAGGAUUCUGUUGCAUGGACGUCACAAUAGCAUAGCGGAGGAUAUCUGGCUAUACAGCGAUCAGGGUCCAUUUCCCGCAGCUGCCUGUAAGGAGUUUGUAUGUUCUCCCCAUCAUCGUGUGGGUUUCCUCUGAAAUUUAGACCUUUGUCAGCACUACAAAACUUUUCAUAGGCGGGUACUACCUUUAUAACUCCCCUUCCUCAGCCAAUGACAAAUAGCAAACCUUCCAUAAUCUCCUGGCUGUAAGGUAUUUCUGAUACUCUUCCUGCUACGGCUGCACUCUAUCAUUUUCUCCAGAUUAGGAGAUUGUAGCUCAGUGGCCACUUUAGUAGGUACACCUGCACAUCUAUGCAAAUAUCUAAUCAGCCAAUCAAAUAGCAGCAACUCAAUGCAUAAAAGCAUGCAAACAUGGUCAAGAGGUUCAGUUGCUGUUCAGACCAAACAUCAGAACGGGAAAGAAAUGUGGUCUAAGUAACUUUAACCCAGGAAUGAUAGUUGGUGUUAGACAGGGUGGCUCGAGUAUCUCAGGAACUGCUGAUCUCCUGGGAUUUUCACACACAAGUCUAUACAAUUUGCAGAGAACGGUGUGAAAAACAUAACAAAAAUCCAGUGAGUGGUAGUUCUGCAUACAAAAGCACCUUGUUAAUGAGAGAGGUGAGAGGAGAAUGGCCAGACUGGUUCAAGCUGACAGGAGGGUGACAGUAACUCAAAUAACCAUGUGUUACAACAGUGGUGUGCAGAGGAGCAUCUCUGAAUGCAGUACACAUCAAAGUGGAUAGCUGACUAGCAGAAGACCACAGACACACACUCAGGGGUAACUUUAUUAGGGACAGGUGGUACCUCAUAAAAUGUUCACUGAAUGCAUAAUUCAGGCUGUCGGUAUGUUACUGAGAGGGUGGCGAACUGUUGGAGAUGCUUUCUCCUUUUGUUCUUAUAAGCUGACUAAAAUAUUCCAUGACUCUAUUUGAGGAGGACGGGGUUCCGAGGAGUGGAUGGUGGGAGACAGUUGUCCUUACUAAUGUCAAUAUUCUUUCUGUAAGCAACAAUUUAGGACAAUACAUAUCAGUCACCAAUUAUUUAGGUUGCAAAUUUUGUGUACUUGAAAGUGGCAAUGCAGAUAGGAUGGCACAGAGAGCCUUUGGUAUGUUUGCCUUCAUAAAUCUGAGUACAGGAGUUGGGACAUCAUGUUGAAGUUGUGUUUGACGUUGUUGAAUCCAAAUUUAGAUAUUGUGUGAAGUUCGUCACCUACCUACAGGAAAGUAUCAGCAAGUUUGAAAGAGGACAGAGAAAAUUUACAAGGACGUUGCUGGGACUUGAAGACCCGUAUUAUAGUGAAAUGGUUGACGAGGUCAGGACUUUAUUCUUUGGAGGAGGUUGGAGAUUGAAGGGAGAUACAUACAAAAUAUUCGAGGCAUACAAAAUAUUCGGGAAUAUACAUUAGAUAGGGUAAAUGCAAGCAAGCUUUUUCCAGUGAGACUACAACUAGAGGUCACAGGUUAGGGGCGAAAAGAGGAAUAUUUAGGGGGAACCUCACACUCUCACUACCCUCUGAGUGAAGGUGGAAUGAGCUGCCAGUGGAAGUGGUGGAUGCGGGUUUGAAUGCUACACUUGAGAGAAGUACAUGGGUGAGAGGUGUAUGGAAGGUUAUGGUUCAGGUGUGGGGCGAUAGGACUAGGCAGUAAAACAGAUGGGCUAAUGGGCCUGACUCUGCACUGUACACACAAAAUGCUGAAGGGAGUCCACAGGUUAGGCAGCAACAAAUAAACCGUCAGCAUUUCGGACCAAGACCCUUUAUCAGGACUUAUCAAUUAUUUAUUCCCCUUCAUAGAAGCUGCCUGACUUGCUGAUCUCAUCCAGCAUUUUGUGUGAGUUGCUCAAAAAGUUAGGACCUAGCAAUUUUAUUGCUAGGCUCUUUGUAUUAGCAACAAAGUAAGAUAAUACCAUGUUAGUGACUAACUAUUUUAAUUGUUUUAUUUUAGUCCUUAAAAUAAUUAUAAUUAAUGACAUUUAAUUACAGUACUGUAGCCAUAAAAAAACAAAUUCCAUGCCAUACAUGCUGCCUGACCUGUUGAUACUAAUAUGGAUCUCUGUCAUGGACUGUGAGUGGUAAAGGGGCAGACAGAGUGGAAUCAUGGUUGGGAGAAGAGAAAGGGAGAGGGAAACACCAGAGAGACAAUCUAUAAUGAUCAAUUGUUUGGAAUUAAAUGACCUGGCCUGUUGUCUUGGGGCAUGCCACUCCCACCACCCUUAACACCACUUCUCUGCCACCUGUCCCACAGCCCUCCUGCGAUGCUCCACCCACGCCAUUCCCAAAAUCCUUUGCUCCUGCCAGAUUUACAAACUUGUGCUCUGCUCCAUGUUGACAAAAGUCUCAGGCCCCCUAACUAUAUACAUGUGCCUAAAACUUCUGCAGUACUGUCUUUUAAUCCUGAUGAAGAGCCUCAUCCCCAAACACUGACCAUUUAAUCCUCUUCAAAGACGUUGUCUGACCUGCUGAGAUCCUUCAGCGUUGUGUGUGUGUGUGUUGUUUUAAUUGCUUUAGUGUAAUUUGGGAAGCUCAGUCAAGGGUUUGUAUAUUAUUGCUUCGGUUAAUGCCAAGUGACGAUGUCAUGGGCAAUACGAGACUCAAUCUAACGUGGAACUAUGAGGCAAAAUCCUAGUUAAAUACUUGGGCAUUGAGCAAAGUUGAGAACUAACUUCAUUAUUUAAAGGGUUCGACAUCUUUGCAGUUCUUUAGCACAAAGGGAUACAUUUCCAAAUUUAUUAUUCCAUAUUGUUUUAUGCUUGCACACAAAUGGAACGUGGCAAAAUUAUCAGAGUCAAGGUCAAUAUUAAUCGCACAAUUCCAGCAAAGGCUCACACAAACACAUGACUCACUCCAGCCUCAAUUCCUUGUGUUCCUAGCCAAACAGCUUUUAAGACAACCUUAAAAAAUGUCAAGUUUCAAUGAAAUUUGAGUAUCUUUAUUCACAUUGAUGGGGACAGGUUCAACAUCUUGACUGAGAAAGUAAUUUUACUUUGAUAUGAUACUUCUAAUUAUGAAAUAUUUAAAUUUUUAUGUAUUUUGAACAUAGAUUAUUGAUGAUCCUGAUUUUGCAGAAAGGUCUUUUUGCUGUAAAUAAAUUAAUAAAUUUAUAUUUUACA